AAUUAAACGUAUUAACAUUGGCUGAUGAUCUAGAUUCAUUGUUGAAAGAACUCGGUGCAGCUGCAAUAUCUCCGCGUACAUUAAAAUUCUUAACAAUGGAUGUGAAUUUACGUAUGAGUUUUGCGGAACAAUACAGAAGGGUUCCUUUAAUUAAAAAUAAUGCUGUUACUGCACUUGGUGUUAUCAGAAAGGAUUCCUGGAAUGAUCCUGCUUGUAGUUGCCUUAUUAUAGGUACAGAAAAUAAAGAGAUUUUUGUAUUGGAUCCAAGAGCAUUUACCGUUAUGGAUAAACACCUCUUAAAGUGGCCACCUGUAUCAUUUGCAACUACUGGUUUAUGGGCAGGUGAUGGUCGAAUCAUGGUAAUUGGUAGAGAUGGAAAUAUUGGAGCGAUACGAAGGGGAAGUCCUGUUAAACUUUGGGAAAAACUUGAAGCUCCGAUCGUUGCCGUUUCCGUUCUUAGUGGUGAUGGUGCGGCAGUCGCUAUAAUGGAUGGAACUUUAUUAGGAUUUUCAAAAAAGGGUGUUAAAGUAUGGAGCAUCAAUGUUCCGGGUAUUAUUUUAGACAUGGUAAGUUUGCCAGUACCACAAAGUGGACUCUCUUUACUGGCUGUCAGUACGGUUGGAUAUGGUGUACGGAUAUACGAUGGUAAACACCAUGUUGAUACGAUUAAAACAAUGGAACCAGUAUCUGCAAUAAAGUAUGGAAGAAUGGGACAAGAGGAACGAACGAUGGCUAUGGUAACCAUCAGUGGUGGUCUCUGCGUAAAAAUAUUAAAACGAACUGCUGAUUUUAGUAUAUAUAAUACAACAUUUUCUGUAACACCAAACAAUGCUACCAAAUUUGCUAUACCAAAAAAAACGCGUCUUUUUGUUGAGCAAACAAUAAGAGAAAGAUCGGAAGCCAAAAAAAUUCAUAAUACUUUUCAGCAAGGAUUUUUACGGCUACGUUUAAUCAUCGCCAAAAAUGCUGUUGAUCUUUUAACUGGUUGUGAAAAUACUGGAGUCGAUCCAAUUUCACUGGAGGCUAAUGUCCUUGGUUUAGGACCUAAUUAUAGAAUUCAAAUAUUGAUCACCAAUAUUUCAGAUGGAUUAUCUGAUACUGGAUUGUUUAUUGUUUGUAGAGGAGAAAAUACCGAAGUUGAUCCACGCGUUGUCAACUUGCCUUUAUUACUUAGUGGUAUACCAAUCCCGAUAACUGUUGACGCUACAUUAACUAAUAGAAUUUCUGGCAAGGUACAAGUUUUACUUUGCAAAAAAGACAAACCAAAGCCUCUUGCGUUUACUAAUGUUAUUUUACCAGCUGCUGAAGAAGAUAUCGAAGUCUAAAAUAUAUUUUAAUUUAUUAAUUAUAUAGUAUAAAUAUCUUUUAUCGAUUAAGUCAUUUUUAUUAAUUCUAAAUAUUAAUGAUCUUUAUAAAAUAUAAUUCAUCAUUGAUUAUUAGUACACAUAUUGAUUAAUAGCAAAUAUAAGUAUAUUUAUAUAUAUAAGUAAAAUAUUAUUUUUUUUAAAUAUAUGAAAAUAUCGAGAUAAAUCGAACUGAAUAGGCGGCAAAUGCUAGAUUUAAAUUGAACUUUUGAAAUGUGCACGUGGUGAUAAGGAAUUUUAUAAUGAUUACUUAUUUAUACUUUAAAGAGAACAUUUAUUAAUUAAAAAAAAAAAACGGUAUUUUAACUACGGGAAAAAUGCAUUCGAUCUACACGUGGCAAUUAUCGUCAUAAAAUAAUCAUAGAAAUAUUUUUCUAAUCAAAAUUAAAUCACUAUAGGGAGCGCAAACAUCAGUGUCCCUAGGAAACCUACCUAACUUUACCUAGGAACACCCACAAGUUUAUAAAUAUGUAUAUUAAGUUUAUAGAAUAUUUAUAAUAAAAUGUUUACUUUGUUUUA